AUGGUAGAAAGUGUUGAUAUAGAUAAAUUGAAAACAAUAAGAGCAUCAGAAGUAGCGAAACAUGUUAGCCGAGAUGAUUUGUAUAUGGUCAUUGAUAAAAUGGUGUAUAAUGUUAGUCCUUUUAUAAAUGAGCAUCCAGGUGGAGAAGAAGUAUUAUUUGAAGUAGCAGGUCAAGAUGCAACAGAAUCAUUUGAGGAUGUUGGACAUUCAGAUGAAGCCAGAGAGAUAUUGAAGAAACUAAUUGUUGGAAAACUAGAAGGAAAGGUGGAAGAUCUAGAUAUCGGAGUAAAAUCUGAAAUAUCUGUUUCUAGAAAUAGUUUUAGCCUGUAA